ACGCAACGACCAACACAGCAAAAACUCACUGAAAAAUGGCCUACUCUAAGACCUUCCUCCUCCUCGGCCUCCUCCUCGCUCUUCUGUUCAUCUCUUCCCAUGUCUCUGCUCGCUUCCUCGAGGAAAAGAAAAGUGAUGUAGAGAGUGACGGUCACGGACACCAUGAUCACGGGCACCACGACCACGGUCAUCAUGGCCAUGACGCGAAUGUUGAUGGCUUGGAUGGUCACCAUGAACACCAUGGUGGAGGACAUGGUGGACACCAUGGCCACGAUGCUGAUAUUGAUGACUUAGACGGACACCAUGGCCACCACGACCAUCACGACCAUCAUGACCAUCACGACCACCACGACCAUCACGGGCACCACGGUCACGACCAUGAUGCAAAAACCGAAGACGUUAAGAAUUAGAGGUCUAAAGUCAUAAGAUGAAAUAAAAGACUGUUUUAUGUGUGUGUGUGUUUAAAUUUAAAUAAAAGCAAAUGUAUGCUGUUUGAAAUGCUGAACUGUUACACUUUGUUUGGUUUGUUGCAA